UAGCGUGUGGUGGGACAGCGGCACGCGAGUUUCGUUUUAUACGCCGACGCAAAAAUACAUAAAUAUACAUGCAUAUGGCAAAUGAUAUAAAAAUGAUGUAAAAAAUAAAUAUCUGUAUGUAUGUAGAGGCAACGCCGUGCUUACAUUUUGUUUGAGCCUUGUGCCUAAUUCCCAGUUUGCGUGUGUUAGUGUUAAGUGUAUUGGUGUGUGCGCCUUUGUGUGUGUCCGCAUAUAUUUGUUAUUCGCGCGGCAAAAAGAAAAAAACAACAAAACCGUUUAAAAAGUAAACAAAAAAUAUCGCUGCCACAAUUUGCGGCACAAAAAUGCUGAAAAUAUAAACAAAACAAAGUACAUUUUAAGCAAUAGUUGCUUUUCGUGUGUGUGAGUGUGAGUGCGCGCUUUGUUUUUGUCUUAUUUUUACGUAAAACAAAAACCACAACAACAACAACAGACGCCGCAGCAGCCAGCGCAGCAGCGGCAAAAUGCCGGCGACAGCGAAUUUGUGCCUGUUGUUGUUGCUGCUCUUCGUAGUCGCCGUCGUCGCUAGCAGCAAAUCGAAGCAGCAACAGGAGUCCGGCUCCACAGCAGCAAAAACAAAAACUCUGAGUCCCUUGACUGAGAAAGGUCCCUGUUUGCCCUCAUAUUUCACAUGCAACGAUGGCUCUUGCAUACCAAUGCGCUGGAAAUGCGAUUCCGAACCGGACUGCAAGGAUGGCUCUGAUGAGACCAGCGAAUGUGCCAAGUCGUCCAAAUGCAACGAGGGACAAUUUCGCUGUGGCCAGAGCCUGAAAUGCAUACCCAGCAAUUGGCUAUGCGACGGUGAAUACGACUGCGGCAAGGGGGACAUAUCGGAUGAAACGAACUGUUCCGAUAGCGUUGCACCCAAGUGCCGCGCCUUCGAAUCCGAGUGCCACAACGGCGCCUGCCUCGAGCUGUCGCGGUUCUGCGACGGCCGCUGGGAUUGUGAUAACGAUGAGCUGCAAUGUGAUAAACAAAAUGUCGCCUGCGCUGCGCUCAACUGCAGCUACAAUUGCAAACUGACGCCACAGGGUGCCCGCUGCUACUGUCCCGCCGGUCAGGUGCCCGAGUCCCUCAACUCGACGCGUUGUGUCGACUACGACGAGUGCAGCGUGCCGGGCACUUGUGAUCAGCAGUGUCGCAAUACACCCGGCUCCUAUGAAUGCGCCUGCAUCUCCGGCUACACCAAGCAUGGCAGCCAAUGCCUGGCCAUAAAUGUGCCACCCUCGGAGGCAGCGACUCUGUUAUUUCUGUCCGCUGGCACGAUUCGACGCCUCAAAACUGCCUUGGAUGGUGGACCACUGCUGUCCACACAGCCGGUGCAGUUUAUGCUCGCCUACGAGGUGUGGCAUCGCAAUCGAACGCUCUGCAUGCUGCAGAAGAUGCCCGAGUUGGUCAUGCGUUGCCAGCGCAUCGAUGAUGCGAACGUUAAUUGGACGCUGCCCGUCUCGGCAUUCAACUCGCCGCACCAAAUUUUUGUCGAGCUGCGUUUGGACUGGAUAUCGGGCAAUUGGUAUUUCCUAAACGAGGACGACGGCAUGGUCUAUCUGUGCACCAAUGCGGUCACCUUUUGCCGCCUCAUACUGCAGCAGGUGGCGCAGCCAUCUUCGCUGGUACUGGACCCCACCAAGGGCUAUCUCUUUUACACAGAUUGGUCACCCGGCCUGUCACGUGCCCUGCUGGACGGCAGUAAUCGCACAACACUCGUCAGCACGCAAAUUUAUCAUCUGAGUAGCGUUACAUUGGAUUUGGCCAGCGAGCAUGUCUAUUGGAUUGAUGUGUACAAGGAUGUCAUUGAGAGGGUCAACUAUGACGGACAGCAGCGUUGGGCAUUGAAAAAGUCACCAGAUUCGCCGGUGCCUUUGAAGACCAUCCAGUCGGUGGAGGUAUUCGAGAACACAAUUUAUUUGUCUGCCUGGACGGACAGAACCAUCGUUGGCCUGGACAAAUUUACGCUGAAGGCGCGCGUGCUGUUGGUGGAUGUGACGCGUGGCACAAAUUUUCGCAUUUUCCAUCGCCAAAAGCAGCCGGAGGUGGCGCAUCCGUGCCGGGAGAACAACGGCAAUUGCAACCAGAUUUGUGUGCCGCUUUGGACGCGAGGAUUUGCGAGCGCCAAGUGCCUGUGCACAGCCGGCUAUAAAUUGCACAAUCAGACGACCUGUUUGCUCUCCGCGCACGAUAAAUUUCUGGUGUACACCGACAAGCGUUUGAUUCGGAUCACUGGCGUGCCGCUGGACACCGAGCAGGUGCAGCAGCUCGAACAACUUGGCGAGGAGCCCGAUGUAAUGGUACCCAUUUACAAUGUUACCGAACCGAAGGCCAUCGAUGUAAAUGUGCGUGGCAAAUCCAUUUUGUAUGUGGUACCCGACCCGGAGGCAUCCCUCGGCUCCGUUGAGCACGUUUAUUGUAUCAAGAGCCAGUCCCUCAACGGCAGCGUAUCGCGUACCCUGUCCACGGGCUGGCGCAAGGUGCGUGCCAUUGCCUAUGACUGGGUCAACGAGCAUUUGUAUUGGACAGAAUAUCAGAAACUGCAUGUCGCUCCGCUGCGAAACAUGAGCAAAGUUCUCACCUUUAACAUUGAUUGCAAUCCCAUGUCACUGGAGCUCGAUCCCGGCACUGGGCUACUCUACUGGACGCAGUGGUCGUUUCAGUCGUGCGAAGCGGGUAUCUACAGCGCCUGGAUGGAUGGCACACACAAGGAGCUGCUGGCAAAAUCGUCCGAGGAGCUGGCGAUGCGUUGGCCGCGCAGCUUGGAUGUGGAUAGACGCACCAAGCGUAUCUAUUGGUGCGACUCUAAGCUGGGCACCAUCGAGCGCAUGAAAUUGGAUGGCACUGGGCGCGAGCUGCUUUUUAAGUCGGAGCAGUUUCAUCCGUUUGCCAUAGUGCAGUACAAUGAAAUUGUGUACUGGGUGGAUAAUGUCAACUCGACCAUUUGGCGGUUUCCUGUGCGUCAUGUCCAUAAGACAAGCACCUUUAGCUCCACGGUGCAUCUGCAGCCCAAUGGCAACGCGCUCGACUUGCGCAUCUUUGAUGUGGCCACGCAACCGUUGCCGCAAACGCCCAGCUCCUGUGCGCUGUCCAAGUGCCCUGGCAUGUGCCUGAACACGCCCAAGGGCGCAAUCUGUCGCUGCCCGGAUGGCUAUACGCUGAAUGGCACUGGCACCCAUUGUAUACCACAGCUGACGCCAUCAACGGUGUCAGCGCCUGUUCGUUCAAAUUGCACGUCGGGCUAUCAGUGCCGCGGCACGCUGCAGUGCAUCGACGGCAAGGAUCUGUGUGAUGGCUUUGAGGACUGUGAAGAUGGCAGCGACGAGACCAACGACACGCAGGGUCCAUGCAACCCGCAAACCUGUGAUAAAAAGCUCCACUUUGUGUGUAACGGGCGUUGCUACCAGCGUGCUCUGCUGUGCAGCUCCAUCGCCUACUGCUCGGAUGGAUCGGAUCAGCAGAACUGUGAGCACAAUACCUGCAACAGCAACGAGUUUACCUGCGAAAAGAGCGGACGCUGCAUUCAGCUUACAUGGGUCAACGAUGGUGUCAUCGAUUGUGGACCCGAUGAUUCCUCCGAUGAGUCAUUGGACCUUUAUCCUGGCAGCAAGUGUCCGGAGUAUGACUGUGGCAAUGGGCGCUGUCGACAGUUUUCCGAUAUCUGUGAUGGCUUGGACAAUUGCGGCAAUAAUGCAGAUGAGGCUGCCUGCGAGCACGAGUGCGGACAUGGAGAGCGUUAUUGUCGCCCCAUUGGCUGCUAUGGCGAUAUGCACAUAUGCGAUGGGGUUAACGAUUGCGAGGACUUUAGCGAUGAGGCUAACUGCAACCAGACCAAGAGUGACAAUCAUCCACUCAGCGGCUGGAAGGAGCUCGGCGAGUGUGCAACCUUUGAGUUCGCCUGCGCCGAUCCCUUCGAGUGUAUACCGGAGUUCCUGCGCUGCGACGGCAUCAAUCAUUGCUAUGACAAGACGGACGAGCUUAACUGCACUCAUAUGCAUCCGACCAAGUUUGACAUGAACGAGACGGUCAUUUGCGAACAUCCGGAUCGGUUGUGUGGCUUCAGCAACAAGUGCAUUACUGUUAGCCAGCUUUGUGAUGGCAACAACGACUGCGAGGAUACCACAGACGAGGGCUUUCUUUGCGCUGAUGAGCUAUGCGAACAGGGUCAUGAGUGUUCCCACAACUGUCACAAUACGCCCGAGGGUUACAUCUGCUCAUGCCCGCCACAUUUGUAUUUGCAGCCGAAUGGCAAACGCUGCAGCAUGCAGCACGCUUGUGAGCAUUGGGACACCUGCUCGCAGGUGUGCGAGAACAACGGCAAAGGCUAUGCCUGUCAGUGCCUCGAAGGCUACGACCUAGCCUAUGACAAAUUCACGUGCAAGAGCACAGCUCCGGAUGAGCCUUAUGUUAUAUUUACCAAUCGCCAGGAUAUACGUGGCAUUAAUCUUAAAACAUUGGGCGCCAGCAGCUUCUAUAGCUCGCUGCGUAAUAUCAUCGCUUUGGACUUUCUCUACAGCAACGAGUCCAGCGUGGAUAUUUUCUGGACAGAUGUCAUCGAUGAUAAAAUCUAUCGCGGCCAAUUGGUGGGCGAAAGUUUGCGAAAUGUAGAGGCCGUGGUGCAUUCGGGUUUGUCCACCACUGAGGGCUUGGCUGUAGACUGGAUAGGCAAAAAUCUUUAUUGGAUCGACUCAAAUCUGGACCAAAUUGAAGUUGCCAAGCUGAAUGGCAGCUUUAGGAGAACUUUAAUUGCGGGCAACAUGGAAAGUCCACGUGCCAUUGCGUUAGAUCCACGUGAGGGUUUGCUGUUCUGGACCGACUGGGAUGACAAUUCGCCGCGCAUCGAACGCUGCAGCAUGGCGGGUGAGGGCAGGCGCAUAAUCUCUACCAGCUGGCAGCUGAGCGCCGGCUGGCCCAAUGGCCUGACUUUAGACUAUACUCAGAAGCGCGUCUACUGGGUGGAUGCCAAGUCGGAUUCAAUAAGCAGCACUAAAUACGAUGGCUCCGAGCAUCAUGUGGUGCUGCGCAACAAAGAGAUACUGUCCCAUCCGUUUGCCAUCUCUGUGUUUGAGAACUACGUAUACUGGACGGACUGGCGCACCACGUCUGUGAUACGCGCCAAUAAGUGGAAUGGCAGCGAUGUGCAGGUGCUGCAGCGCACACAGACCCAACCGUUUGGCAUACAAGUGCUGCACUCGAGUCGCCAGCCCUGGGAUCGGAAUCCUUGCGGUGACAACAACGGCGGAUGCUCCCAUUUGUGUCUGCUGAGCGGCAGAAGCACUUACAAGUGCGAAUGCCCGCAUGUGAUGCGCCUGGAUCCGGCUGAUGAGCGAAACUGUGUGCCCAAUGAGCAGGUGCUGCUCUUUGUCAUGGGCGAGGAAAUACGUGGCAUUGAUUUACUACAGCCAAAUCAUCAUACCAUACCCACCAUACGACAGUCACCCAGGCUUGUGGCACCGCAACGCAUUGACUUUCUUGUGGAGGACAGUCACAUCUAUUGGUCCGAUAUACAACAGAACGAGAUCUCCAGAGCGGGCAUAUCCAAUGGAUUGAUUGAGCCCAUUAUUAAUACGAAUAUUGAGAAGCCCUAUGGCUUUGCCAUCGAUUGGAUUGCCAAGCACAUGUACUUCUCCUCGGGUCAAAUCGUUGGCACCAUACUCGCCAGCAAUCUCAAGGGCGAGUAUACCACACAUAUUCAUGAGAACCUCAAUAUGGUCGACAGCAUUGCCUUAGAUCCAGCCAAUGGGAAAAUGUAUUGGAUACAUUCCACUCAUGACUCCACGCUGUGGCAAUUGGAACAAUCGAAUCUUGAUGGUUCAGAGCGACUGGUUAUACACGAACACAACAAUAGCAUGCAGAGUUUGACCAUGGACUUCGAUUCGCAACGUUUGUAUUAUGCAUACGACAACUCGGGCAUUGCAUACUACGAUAUACCCAAAAAUGAGACACACAUUGUGCUGUCCGCCAGCCCAAUCACAUCAAUCAGCUCCCUCACUGUCUACAAUGGCACCCUGUACUUUCCAGAGAACAUUCAAAGCGUCAUCAUGCACUGCGAGAAGGAGCAGUGUUUGAAUAUGUCCUUCUUGCGAGUUAAUACAAAGAGCAUUCAGAGCAUGAAAAUGUUCUAUGCAGAUGCCCAAACAGGAACCAACACCUGCGCUGGCCCCAUGCGAGGCGGCUGCGAGCAGCUAUGCCUGGCCAUAUCAUCCACAGAUCAUGUGUGUCGUUGCGCUCUGGGCUAUGAUGUGGAGCCCAACAAUCCGACACGUUGCAUACCACGCGCUGAAUUUAUAUUCUAUUCGAUUGAUGUGAUGCAGGGUGUGGAAAUGAUUGAUCCUAGUGAACAGUUUGAGACACCUAAACCGGCGCUUGUGCCGAUCUCCCGUAUAAGCUCGGCGAGUUUUAUUGAGUAUCACGCCGCUACAGAUAUGCUUUACUGGGGCGAUAACGAAUUGGGCAGCAUCUCGCGCGUGCGCCGUGAUGGCACACACCGUGAGACCAUACUGGAGGCCAUCAAUCUGGCUGGCUAUAAGCAACAGGAUUGGUUAGGUGGCAUUGCCAUCGACUGGAUCGCGGGCAACAUUUACUGGAGCGAUACGAAGCGUAACAUAAUUGAAGUAUCCCGUCUGGAUGGCAGCAAUCGGUAUGUGGUUGUUGCCAAUGUAGACAAGCCCACUGCAUUGGCUGUGGAUCCAGUUCAGGGUCUGCUGUUUUAUGUAACUCAACUGCACAUUGGACGCACCGGCCUGGAUGGCAGUCAGCCCUUUGUGCUGGUCAACCAGACGCGCACUAAUUGGUCUGUAAGCAGUCUAAUUGUGGACAUGGAUGCUACCAAGGUUUAUUGGUGUGAAAGAUAUCCCGAUGCGCUAAUGAAGGUGGACUACGAUGGCAACUUGCGACAGGAGCUCCUAAAUGAUACGGCCAACAAGCCAGUGGCAUUGGCCAAGCUGGGAGAUUACCUAUAUUGGGCGGAGAAUACGUACAAUGAAGGUGCCAUUAAGGUUGCACCGUUGACCAAUCUCUCCCAAUCACGACAAAUACUCAAAACCGAACAGGAUGCCAUCAGAGAUCUUAAGAUUUACUCGAAGCGUGUGCAACACGGCACUAAUCCAUAUGCCCAAAACAACGGCGGCUGCGAGCAGCUCUGCCUUUUCAAUGGCACCAGCGCUGUUUGCGCCUGCGCGCACAGUCGACUCGCCGCGGAUGGGUUUAGCUGUGAGCCGUAUGAAAACUUUCUGUUGUUCAGCUAUCGCAGCAACAUUGAGAGCAUCCACAUGACGGAGCACGCCAACAAGAACUGGCCCGUGCAGCUCAUCUCGAACGGGACGCUGAUGCGUAAUGUGGUGGCCAUCAGUUAUAACUACGAAGCGCAGCUCGUUUACUACUCAGAUGUCCAGCUGAGCACCAUCAAUCAGGUGCACUUCAAUGGCAGUGGUCAGCGUGUGCUGGUUAUGCAGCAGGGACGCGUUGAGGGUCUGGCCUAUGAUAUGGUUAACGCUCAGCUCUUCUGGACAUCCAACAAUGAUGCAGCCAUUCGCAGCCUUGAGCUGAUACAUCUGUCGCAACAGGCCGAACAGAAUCUGCAGCAUGUGCGCAAUGUCUUGAGCUUGCAUAGCAAGGACAAGCCACGGGGCAUAUCCGUGGAGCCGUGCCUGGGAAUGAUCUACUGGACCAACUGGAACGAGCAAUCGCCCAGCAUACAGCGCGCUUAUCUGACCGGUUAUGGCGUGGAGCGCAUUAUACGCACUGAUAUCAAAAUGCCCAAUGCCCUAACCCUCGACCUGGAGCAGCAGCAACUGUACUGGGCCGAUGCGCGACUGGAUAAGAUUGAGCGGGCCAAUUAUGAUGGCACCAAUCGGGUGGUGCUCGCCCAUACGACGCCUAAACACGCCUUCGCCAUGGCCGUCUAUGGAGACCUGCUGUUCUGGACGGACUGGGUUCUGCACGCUGUGGUGCGUGCCAAUAAAUACACGGGAACGGAUGUGCUCUUCUUACGCGAGCACGUGGCCCGACCCAUGGGCAUCAUAGCGGUGCAGAACAGCACAAUCAAUUGCGACGCAAAUCAGUGCAAAAUACUCAAUGGCCUGUGCGAGGAUGUGUGCAUCCUGAACAAGAACGGAUUGGCCAGCUGUCAUUGUACACAGGGCGUUUUGGCUCCGGAUGGUCGGCGUUGCAUUGCACCCGUGAACACGAGCUGCGGCAAGUCGCAAUACAAUUGCCAUUCGGGCGAGUGCAUACCCCUGGAGCUGACCUGCGACAAUGUAACCCACUGUCUGGACGGCUCCGAUGAACUGCGCAACUAUUGUGUCAUCCGGCAAUGUCCGGAGAAGUAUUUCAUGUGCCAGAAUCAUCGCUGCAUUGCCCAGGACCAGACCUGCGACGGACUGCAGCAGUGCGGCGAUGGCAGCGACGAGACCGCUCUUCUUUGCAAGUGCCAGCCGGAGCAGUUCCGUUGCGGCAGCGGCGAGUGCAUCUCGCGCAGCUUUCUCUGCGACCAUAUGCGCGACUGUCGCGAUUUCAGCGAUGAGAAGCACUGCCCCCAGAGGACUUGCGAGCAGGGUGACGUCUUAUUUGAGCACUGCGAGAAUAGCACCCUUUGCAUUAUGCCCACCUGGCGCUGUGAUGGCGAACCGGACUGUCCCGAUGGCACCGAUGAGCUGGGCUGCAGCAAUAAUACACUCUCCACCUGUGCAAUGGGUCAGUUCCGUUGUGCGAAUGGACGCUGCAUUCCAGCUGGUUGGCGUUGUGAUGGCGAAAACGAUUGUAUGGAUAAUGCCGGCGAAAAUGGCAGCGAUGAGCUGAACUGCCGUCCCAGCUGUCUGGUGAAUCAGUUUAGCUGCGACAAUGGCUGCAUACCCAGCAGCUGGCAGUGCGAUGGCAAAAGCGAUUGCGAGGAUGGCACCGACGAGGGCCCGCAGUGCCCAAAUCGUCCGUGUCGCGCCCAUCUGUUCCAGUGCAAGAGUUCGGGUCGUUGCAUACCCCAGAAAUGGGUUUGCGAUGGCGAGCAGGAUUGCCCUAGCAGCGGGGAUCAGGGCUCCGAGGAUGAGGGACCGCACUGUGGUGGCGUUGCCCACAUACCCGAAUGCCAACCACCAGCGUUCCUCUGCACCACUGGUCAAUGCAUAGAUUCACACUAUGUGUGCGAUGGCGACGAGGACUGCCCCGGCGGCGAUGAUGAGUACGAUGGCUGUGAACCGGUCUAUCCACCGCACGCCUGCCCAGGCGGUUCCUCGAUGCACCAGUGCCAGGAUGGCCUGUGCAUCUUUAAAAACCAAACCUGCGAUGGCAAAUCCGACUGUGGCGAUGGCUCCGAUGAGCUCCCAUCGCUGUGCAAGCAUACGCGCGCUUGCAAUGGCGCCGAUGAUUUUCGGUGCAAGAAUGGGGCCUGCAUCAGUGCGGAUCUGUUAUGCGACAGGCGCAACGAUUGUGCGGACUACUCGGACGAGGAACUGUGCAAUGUGAACGAGUGCCUCAUACCGGAUAUCUGCGAGCAUGAGUGCGUGGACAAGGUGGUGGGCUUUGAGUGCCGCUGCCGGCCCGGCUACAAACUGCUGCCAAAGAGUCCGCAUCUGUGCACUGAUAUCGAUGAGUGCGACGAACAGCAGCCCUGCUCCCAGACCUGCAUCAAUACGUACGGCUCGUACAAGUGCCUAUGCGCCAAGGGCUAUGAGCUGCGCGAUCAUCGCACCUGCAAGGCGACCAGCAAUGUGACCAUGAAGCUCAUUUUCUCCAAUCGCUACUAUAUCCGGCAGGUGAAUCACACGGGUAACGGCUCCAUACUCAUAAAUGCGCUCUCCAAUGCGGUCGCCUUGGAUUUUGACUGGGAUAGUCAGUGCUUGUAUUGGUCAGAUGUCACCAGCACUGUGGGCACCAUUAAGCGCCACUGCCCGGUGGAGAACAAGACCCAAACUCUGCAUCAGGCCAUGCUGAAGAAUCCAGAUGGUCUCGCCGUUGAUUGGGUGGCCAAGAACUUGUAUUGGUGCGAUAAGGGCUUGGAUACCAUUGAGGUAUCCCAGCUGGAUGGCAAGUACAGACGUGUGCUCAUCAAUGAGCAGCUGCGUGAGCCGCGCGGCAUUGCCCUGGAUCCCUACCAGCGUCACAUUUACUGGUCCGACUGGGGCGACAAUCCGCAUAUUGGCAAGGCGGGCAUGGAUGGCUCACAACCGCGCAUGAUCAUACGCGAGAAUCUGGGCUGGCCGAAUGCCCUGACCAUCAGCUUCGAGACCCAACAGUUAUUCUGGGGCGAUGCCAGAGAGGAUACGAUUUCGGUCAGUGACUUGGAUGGCAAUCAUACGCGCCUGUUGCUCGCGCGCAGCAUCAAUCCGAACCUUAAUCUGCAUCAUAUAUUUGCCAUUGCCGUGUGGGAGGAUCGCAUCUAUUGGUCCGACUGGGAGACCAAGUCGAUUGAGUACUGCAACAAGUUCGAUGGCCAGAACUGUUCCACUCUGAUAACAACCAUACACAGACCCAUGGAUUUGCGUGUCUUCCAUCCGUAUCGCCAGCAGCAGCCCAUCAGCGGUAAUCCCUGUCUGCAGGCCAACUGCUCCACACUUUGCUUGCUGUCACCGGAAGCGCCUUACUACAAGUGCGCCUGCCCCAACAAUUUUGUGCUCGCCGAGGAUGGACGCACCUGUCGCGCCAACUGCACUGCGGCACACUUUGAGUGCGUGAAUACGUACAAGUGUAUACCCUUUUAUUGGCGCUGUGACACGCAGGACGAUUGCGGGGAUGGCAGCGAUGAGCCCGAGACUUGUCCACCCUUCCACUGCGAACCGGGCCAGUAUCAGUGCAGCAACAAGAAGUGUAUACAUCCAUCGGCCAUUUGUGAUGGUGUCAAUCAGUGUGGCGACGGCUCCGACGAGCUCAACUGUGAUAAGUUCACCUGCUUUGAGAACCAUCUCAAGUGCGAGGCAACCGCCAACAGUUCCGCUUUCUGUGUGGACAGUGUGAAGCGUUGCGAUGGCGUCAAGGAUUGCCCGGGUGGCGAGGACGAGGCCGGCUGCACGCCGCUUGUCUGCAAAAAGGAUCAAUUCCAGUGCGGCAACAAUCGCUGCAUGCCUUAUGUCUGGGUCUGCGAUGGGGAUGUCGAUUGCGCCGACAAAUCCGAUGAGACGAAUUGCGAACACGUUUCCUGUGGACCCAACGAUUUUCAAUGCAAUUCGGGUCGCUGCAUACCGCUCGCCUGGCGCUGCGACGACGAGGUGGAUUGCCCCAACGGCGAGGACGAACCGCCCAGCUGUCACACUUCAAAAGCCACCUGUGAUCCCACAUACUUCAAGUGUAACAACUCCAAGUGUAUACCCGGACGUUGGCGCUGUGAUUAUGAGAACGAUUGCGGCGAUGGCAGCGAUGAGCUCAAUUGCCAGAUGCGCAACUGCUCCGAGAGCGAAUUCCGUUGCGGCACCGGCAAAUGCAUCAAGCACGAUUUCCGCUGUGAUGGCGAGAUCCACUGCGACGACAGCAGCGACGAGAUCAACUGUAACAUCACCUGCAAGCCCAAUCAGUUCAAAUGUGCUGCAUUUAAUACCUGCAUUAACAAACAAUAUCAAUGUGAUGGUGAUGACGACUGCCCCGAUGGUUCCGAUGAGGUUAACUGCACAUGCCCGCCGGAUCACUUCACCUGCGGCAAUGGCAAGUGCAUUAUGUCGCGCUGGAAGUGCGAUGGCUGGGACGAUUGUCUAGAUGGCAGCGACGAGAGCUACGGCACCUGCGCCCAUGUCCAUUGCCACUACAACGCCUUCAAGUGUGCCAAUCUGCUUUGUAUACGCAAAUCGGCGCUUUGCGAUGGCGUCAACGAUUGUGGCAACAACGAGGAUGAGUCGGAUCAAGUGUGUGCCGCGCUGCCCAAGUGCCGGCACGAUCAGUUCCAGUGCGAGAACGACGACUGCAUCUCGAAGAACUUCCGCUGUGAUGGGCAAUACAAUUGCAUUGAUGGCUCCGAUGAGAUGAACUGUCAGCCCCCCGUCUGUGGAUUUGGCACAUGCUCACAAAUUUGUAUUGAGAAGAAGGCGGGCCACUACAAUUGCAAAUGCACGACGGGCUAUCACAAGGGUGCGGCCAAGAAUGCUACGUGCUUGGCAUCUGGGCCGGAUCAGAUCCUGCUGUUGGCGUCGGAGCAAGAGUUCCGCUUCAUAUUGCCCGCCAAGCAGGAGGGCACCACUGUCGUUGGCUUCUUCCAGACAGAUAGCCUAAAGAUUGAUGUAUUCGACAUACUCAUCAGACCAAAGGACACGCUUCUCUUCUGGAUUGAUUCGCAUCAUGGCAAGGUGCAUACCAUGAAAAUUGCCACGCCCCACGUGGAGGGUACGGGCGUACGUGUGCGUCGCGAUCUCAAGGAACUAACUGCAUUCAAUAUACCCGAUCUGGAUGAUCCCAAGUCCUUGGCCGUGGAUUGGAUAACUCAAAUGGUUUACAUCGUUGACUCGCGUCACAAUCAAAUCAUAGCCACUGACAUUGAGGGCAAGAAGUACAUCUCACUGGUGUCCACGGGCAUGAAUCCUACGGAUAUUGUGCUCGAGCCGGAGUCCCGUGUCAUGAUUUGGUCCACCCUAGAGAAUGGCAUAUUGGUGGCCUCAUUGGACGGCAACAACAAGAAGAGCCUUGUGGAGCGCGAUGUCGGCUGGCCAAUUAGUCUCUCGAUAGACUAUCCAACGGGCCGCCUAUAUUGGGCCGAUUAUCGCAAGGGCACAAUCGAGACGUGUCGCUUGAACGGCAAGGAUCGCAAUGUGGUGCGACGCUUUGGCAAUCGCGAGAAGCCGCAAAAGAUCGAUGUGUUUGAGGAUUAUCUGUACAUCAAGCUGUACGAUCAGAGCAUCAUUAAGAUGAACAAGUUUGGCAAUGACAAUGGCACCUACUUGCUAAAGGGUUACCGCUCCUCGGACAUUGGUAUUCUGCAUCCCAUGAAACAGAAUCGAAAUAUAAGCAAUCCGUGUGCCAAGGAACCCUGCAAAGCGUUGCGCGCACUUUGUAUACUCUCGACGGAAUCGGCCAGUGGCUACAGCUGCAAGUGCCCCAACGAAUAUGUGAUGACCGAGGAGGGCGUUUGCAAGGCACACACUGAUAUACCCAAUUACUGUCCGCUGCUCUGCAAUCUAGGCACAUGCCAGGUGGUGAACCACGUGCCCAAAUGCAUUUGCCAGCCGCAGUUUGAGGGCGAACUCUGCGAGCAUUACCGCUGCUCUGGCCACUGUCUGAACUAUGGCCUGUGCACGGUAGCGCCACAAUUACCAAGAUUGCAGGAGCCUCCGCCGCUCAAGUGCACCUGUCCACCCAACUGGUCAGGUGCGCGUUGCGAGGUUUCCGUCUCUGAUUGCCAGAGCCGCUGUCACAAUGGCGGCUCGUGUCUGGUCUCCGAGACCGAGGGCAUGAAGUGCAGCUGCCCAGACAUGUAUGUGGGUGACCAGUGCGAGCACUGUCUGAAUCUGACCUGUGAGAAUGGUGGCAUUUGCCGUGAGACUCUCACUGGCGCACCACAAUGCGAGUGUCCCGAUGGCUAUACGGGCAAACGCUGCGAGUUUAAUGAAUGCGCCGAUUUCUGCAAGAAUGGUGGCACCUGCAGAAUUGGCGCCAAGGGACAACGCCAGUGCAAGUGUCCCAGGGGCUACUAUGGUGAACACUGUGAGGCGAACUCGUGUCGCGACUUUUGCCAGAAUGGCGGCACCUGUACGGAUCGUGGCCACCAGCUGACCUGCACCUGCCCCACACGCUACAUUGGCGAUCGCUGUGAAUCCGAUCUGUGCAAGACCUCCAUACCGCCACGCUUUUGUGAUGUCUCUCUGCUGCCAUCGCGCAAUCCCUGUACUGGCAUCAUUUGUGAGAACUCUGGCACCUGUCAUGUCAUCAAGGGCAUCGCCAUGUGCAACUGCACAGAUCAGUGGAACGGUGAAUUCUGCACGAUGCCCGUGGGCGAGGAUAAUCCCUGUGUCCACUAUUGUGCCAAUAGUGGUGUCUGCCACCUCAAUGAGUACACGCUGCCGCACUGCACCUGCGUUGGCGAGUGGCAGGGUGAUUUCUGUGAACUACCGCCGCAUUGUGUCGGCGAGUGCAGCGUCUGUCGGACGGGCAGCUCCAUCAAUGAGUGCUUGUGCGACAACAAACGGAUUGUGCCCUGCCUGGCUGAAAGCGCUGUGGCUUUGAGUGGAGAACAGGAGCGUAACGAGUCCGCCAGUUGGGUCUCCGUGCUGGCGGUCAUCUUAGCAGUGACCACAUCGGUGCUGGUGCUGUUCGGCGGUGUCGUUUACUUCCUCAAAAAACACCGCAUUGCGCAGCCAUUUUCACAUGCUCGCCUCACCGACAAUGUGGAGAUCAUGCUAACUAAUCCAAUGUACCGCGGCGAUGCCGACGAAGCGCCGCCCUUCGCUCACGAAGAUGAUAAGGGAAACUUUGCGAAUCCCGUCUACGAAUCAAUGUACGCUGAUGCCAUAGCGGAACCAGCCAUUGCAGAAAUAUCGCACAGCACGGCGCCAGAUGAGAGGAAGGGUCUGUUGCAGCACACGCACGACGAGACGCACACGCCGGAUAUACUCUGAUGAUUGAGCCAUUUCAGUCAUGAUCGGGAGCUGUGCUAAGCACAGCCACAGAUUGUUGUACACUUAAAACACAUACUCUAGCACACAUUUAAAUCCAAAUGCAAACCGACUUGAAUACGAACAAUGGACUGAUAGCGUAGCCAUAUUACGAAUUUUGUAAACAUUUUGUUUCCUUUUUUUUGUGUUGGGUGGGGGGACGGGAGGGGAGUGCGGCCCUACCAAAGAGCGCUAAACCUAAUAUGCAACUGUGGCGUCUCCUUGCUCCUUGUCUAAUGUCCUUAAGAAUGAUGUCCUUAUACUAUAACUUAUAACAUUUCUUGUCAUUCUUUUUGUUUAAGCGCCUUUUCUAAUUGUCGCAAAGUUUACAACAAAUUUGCCUUCCCUACAUAUUGAUUUAAUUUUUAAAAACACGUAUUUGUGCAUUUGUAAAUUUUGUAGUUCGUAGACUUAGUUAAAGUUCACGUGCAGCUAAACGAAACUCAAUUUUUGUAAAUAUUUUUUUUAAUAUAACGCCCAAUGGCAGCCUAGUUAACAUUUAAAUCAAGCACUAAACGUUUUGCCAAUUAGUGAAAAAUAUUGAUAUUUAAACGAAUACAAAUUAGCAAUCAAUUGUAAACGAAAGCUAAUGUUUUGAAAUUAAACAGAAACAUGUAAAAUGCAUUUAAAUUAAUUUAUUAAUUGAUCACAAGCAAUUUUAACGCACAAAACAACCAAACCGAAAACAAGAACCAGAAAACGACACACGACAGAAAUUAUAACGAACAAAUUGCAUAGUCUAAAUAGCUUAAGGAACAUUUAAAAAUAUAUAUAUAUAUCUCUUCCGAUAUGCAUAACUAUAUUAUAUUACAUUAUUUAGUUUGUCACUUUUUAACGCAAUCGAACGAACGAAACGAUAUUCUGUAUAAAACAUAAUGCUCAGUCAAAAGCCAAAUUUUAACAUAUACAAUGUAAAAAUUUAAUAACUAUAGCGUAUACAUAAUAAAUGAUGUAUGUUAAGCCAAGUGCAAAACGUUUAAAAACGUUAGAUGUGCACAAAAUACACAUUCAAAAGCAAUUGUAAAAAUAAAUAAAAAUUAAUUUCAAAAA